CUAAAGUGUUCUUUGACAAACUCGCGUGUGUUUUGGUUCACUACAGAUAAUUAGAAUGGCAGGCUACUUCUCGUACCCGUCAAUGGAAUUACAGAUGGAGUUGAAGAAAACUGCUGAAGCAAUAGUGGCACCAGGAAAGGGGAUAUUGGCAGUUGAUGAAACAAAUGAGGGUAUCGGGAGACUCUUAGCAGCUGUUGGUUUGGAGAAUACAGUUGAAAACCGACGCAGAUAUCGUCAAUUGCUGUUCACCGCGGAUGAUGUUUUAUCUGAACAUAUAUCAGCUGUUAUACUCUUCGAUGAGACUGUUUAUCAGAAGACAGAUGAUGGAAUGCGUUUUAUAGAUGUUUUGAAAAAUAAAAACAUCAUUCCAGGAAUCAAACUUGACUUAGACGUGGUGCCGCUAAUCUUUUCUGAGAACGAACUGACUACACAGGGACUGGACGAUCUUGCUAAAAGAUGUGCUGAAUACAAAAAAGAAGGUUGCUUGUUUGCGAAGUGGCGUUGCCCGCUUAAGAUUGGCGAUACAACUCCGUCGGUGUUGGCCAUUAGCGACACAGCUCACGUUCUUGCCAGAUAUGCUUCGAUAUGUCAAAGCGAGGGACUUGUACCUAUUGUUGAACCCGACGUACUUCUAGACGGCGAUCAUGACAUUGUAAGAACUCAAAAAGUUACUGAAACAGUGCUGGCAACUGUAUACAAAGCUCUCAACGACCAUCAUGUUUACUUAGAAGGAACUUUGCUCAAACCAAACAUGGUUACUCCGGGGAAUUCUUGUCCGAAGAGAAGCUGUGCUGAAGAAAUAGCAGCUGCUACCGUGAUAGCAUUAUUGCGUAGUGUGCCGGCUGCUGUGCCAGGCAUUGCAUUUCUAUCCGGAGGGCAGUCGGAAGUUGAAGCGACGGAAAACUUGAAUGCUAUCAAUCGAGUGAGCAUUAAGAAGCCUUGGGCACUGACCUUCAGCUAUGGGAGAGCUCUUCAGGCAUCUGUGUGGAACAGAUGGGCGGGCAAAGAUGAAAAUGUAGAGAAAGCUCAAAAUGUAUUGAUCAAACGGGCAAAGGCGAAUGGCUUAGCAGCACUAGGAAAAUAUGAAAUUGAGGAGAUUUCAGAUUCUCGAGCUGCAACAAAGUCUAACUUCAGCGCAAACCACAAAUAUUAGUUUUUAUUCAAGUGAUUUUGAAUAUGUAUAAUAAAAUUAUCAUAAUUAAA